AUGGCUUCAAAUAUUAGAAAUCUAAAAUCAUCCAACUCAAACAAAUUAUCACAGUCUUUUAUCCCACAAAUCACCAAAUUCACUUUGGCUGUCGACGAUUUCGCACCUUCCCAUGAAGCUUUAAGAAAGUUUAUACAGAGCGAUCUAAUUGAUAUCGCCAAUAAAAACAAAAACGUAGAAUUCAUUAUACAAGGCGUUGCAAAAGGUGCGAGGGGCUCCUUGGGCGUCGGUAACGGUGGUUGGAUCAAAGGGGAGUACAUCAACGGUAGGGAUAAAGUAAUUGCCACGAAUAGGCUAAAUCACCAAUCUAUCAAAACUAAAGUUCAGCUCCUGAUUGAUAGCUCCGGAAAGAAGAUUGUUCCACUUAAAAAUGCUCCAAUUGAAUCUACAAAUCAAUCUGUUAGAGGUAUCUGGUCCCCAUACCAUGCAAAUCAAAAUUCAUCAUCUCACUGGAAAAUUUAA